GGUGGGGGCCGGCAGCAGCCGCACGGCACUGCGGCGGCGGCGGCAGCUGCGGCUGCGGCACUCUGCCGCAGUCCAUCAGAUAAGAACGCCGACCUUCAGGUUCUCCAUUCCAGGUGUACGGCACAAACCAAAAGAAAGGAGACGGUCCUCGGGAACAGUGGAACAGGAUCCACACGCUCCCAAACUCGGAGACCCGGUGGCCACGGCGUGGCUGACGAAUGUCACAGAGCCCGGCGGCGUCCGUCACGCUCCGACGCUGGCUCCGCUCCUCCUUCCUGCUGCGGUCGUGGUUGGCUGGAGCCGCAGCUGAGCCAUGCCGCCCGCAGCCAUCCAGAUCCUGGCCUUCGCACUGGCUCUGCUCGGAGUCCUGGGCACCGGCGUGGCCACCCUGUUGCCUAACUGGACGGUGAGUAUGGGCUCCUGGUCCAGCGCGGUGGCGCCGGUGUGGCAGGCGCGCGGCCUGUGGAUGGACUGCGUCUGGUACGGCCCCGGGAUCUUCAGCUGCACCAUGAAGAACUCGGUCCUGCUGCUGCCGCCGUACCUUCAGGCCACGCGCGCGGCCAUGGUGCUGUCCUGUCUGGUGGGAGUGUUCGGACUCUGUCUCGCUGCUCUCGGACUCAAGUGCACACACUGGGGUGGGAGCCGCAGGGCCAAAGGUCACACGGCCGUGGCUGCCGGAGGCUGCUUCGUCCUGGCCAGUGUCCUGGGUCUGGUCCCGGCGUCCUGGUUCACCAACGAGGUCAUCGCCGCCUUCCUGGCUUCGAAUUCGCCUGACAAUAGCAAAUUCCAUCCAGGGGGCGCUCUCUGCAUCACCUUCAUCUCAGCGGGGUUCCUCCUGGCCGGGGGGGUCAUCUUCUGUCUGUCAUGUCCCGGGGAGAGAUCCAGGAGACCAGACUUCAAGUCCGAGGACAACGGACUGGAGCGGCGACGAUGGAAGUGGGAACAGACGGAGAACAAGAACCCAGAACGUCCAAGAGUGAGAGAGAAGAAAAGUGUCCAACUGCAGACGGAAGAACCAGAACCAGAACCAGAGCUCAGGCACACCAAGACCCUCCAAAAGGACGUCAGGGACAGCUACAGCCUCCAGGAGUACGUCUGAGGAGGGGGAGUCGGAGGAGCAGAAGGAGAAGGAGAGAACCUCCCCCAGGAUCUGACACCAGUGGGCGCCGUGAUGAUCUACUGACAAAGUGACAGUGUUA